AUGAAUAUUACUAAUAUUAAAACUAUUUUGUUGUUUUCGUUGUUGGUUGGCACUGUUCUCUGUGAAGUGGAGGACCGUAUCAGAGUCUGUGUAGAAGUCGACUGUCCUGACGUUGGAAACUGUCCGAUGAGAGAUACUUGUAAUGACAAUGAUAUGUGUACAAACGAUGGUUGUAAUGGUGGUCGUUGUGUUCACUCUCCAAUUGCUUGUGACGAUGGAAAUGCCUGUACUCAAGAUAGCUGUAGUCCAAACCAAGGAUGUGUACAUUCGCCAAUCUCAUGUGAUGAUUCCGACCCAUGCACAACUGAUAGCUGUGGUUCCAAUGGUUGUGUAAACACUCCAAUCUCGUGCGAUGACAGUGAUCAGUGUACAUCUGAUUCUUGUGGACAAAAUGGUUGUGUAAACACUCCAAUCUCAUGCGAUGACAAUGAUCAAUGUACAUCUGAUUCUUGUGGACAAAAUGGAUGUGUGAAUACACCAAUCUCUUGUGAUGACAAUGAUCAAUGUACAAAUGAUGCCUGUAGCUCUGCAAGUGGUUGUUCUCACACUCCAGUAUCUUGUGAUGACAAUGACCCUUGCACAAGUGAUUCCUGUGGUUCCAAUGGUUGUGUAAACACUCCAAUCUCAUGCGAUGACAAUGACCAAUGUACCUCUGAUUCCUGUGGACAAAAUGGAUGUGUGAAUACACCAAUCUCUUGUGAUGACAAUGAUCAAUGUACAAACGAUGCUUGUAACCCCCUAAGUGGUUGUUCUCACACUCCAGUAUCUUGUGAUGAUUCCGACCCAUGCACAAGUGAUUCCUGUGGUUCCAAUGGUUGUGUAAACACUCCAAUCUCUUGCGAUGACAAUAAUGAGUGUACCUCUGAUUCCUGUGGUUCUUACGGUUGUGUUAAUUCACCAGUUAAUUGUAACGAUGGAAAUCAAUGUACCUAUGACAGUUGUAAUAAUGCUACUGGCUGCGCGAAUUCAGCGAUCUCCUGUGAUGACAACGAUUUAUGCACCAAUGACGGAUGUGAUAAGAAUACUGGUUGCACACACACAACAGUUUCAUGUCAAUCUACAACCAACCAAUGUAUCUCGAAUGAAUGUGAUCCAAACAAAGGAUGUGUUGGUACCAACAUCAAUUGUGAUGAUGGUAAUGCCUGUACCUCAGACAGCUGCAAUCCAAACAGUGGUUGUGUUUUCACACCCAUCGUUUGCAAUGAUGGAAAUUCUUGUACCACCGAUGGCUGCGAUCGUAUCAGAGGCUGUUUUUACACCAAUAUUCCAAACUGUGGAAUCGUAUCAGUUCCAAGACCAGCCACCUGUCGUCCUCGUCCAGUCUGUCCAUGUACCGAAUUGUGUUGUGGACCACAUUGUUGUCAAAACAUCAAUCUUGAUCUAGACCUAGACUUUUCUGAUCUUUGUGAUUUCUAA